GAGACCCGGGGAGCUACCCAGCUACUUCUCUGGCAGUGGGAACUUCAGAUCUGUCCUGGAAGGCAGCAUGUCCAAUUUUACCUCAAGAAAAACAUCUUCCACAGGAAAUGAUAUGAAGAGUACCACUCAGAGACAAUUAGAUUUUCUUGAGGCGAACAAGAGAAGGACUUUCUUACAGGAUAACAGCUGGAUAAAGAACCGUCCUGAAGAAGAAAGAGAUGAAAAUUACGGCAGGGUGGUGCUCAAUCGACAUAACUCCCAUGAUGCCUUGGACAGGAAAACAAAUGAGAGAAAUGAGCUAAAGGCCACGAUUAGUCGGUACAGAUCUGAUGACACUUUGGACAGGAUCUCAUACAGACACGAUGCUGCUAAAACACAUAAGGCCAAUACCUUGGAUAACCAAAUAACCAAUAGAUACAUGUCUCCGGUGAGAUUACCAGAAGCAACCAAAAUGCAACCUGGAGGUUUUUUCAGUGCAAAUGCCACCAGAACACCAGCUUCCACCCCUGUUACAACUCCUGUAAAGAAAAAGAGACAGUCCUGGUUUCCGCCACCACCUCCAGGUUAUAAUGCCACUCCAAGCACAGGAGCAAACAGAAGGGAACCAGCUGUUCACCCUCCAAUACCCCCAAAGCCCAGUUCUCCUGCUUUAUCUCCUAACCAGCUGAGACGGGAUAAUAGGCAGAUUUGUCCACCUAAAGCAGGUCGAUAUAUGGAAACCAGAUCUGCUGAAAGAAAUAUAAGGAGUCAGGAUCUUGAGAACAUCGUCAAAGUGGCUACUUCACUUCAGAAAACUGACAAGGGUGAAGAAUUGGAUAAUAUCAUCAAAAUGAACAAAAGCUUAAAUAGAAAUCAAGGUCUCGAUGGUAUCUUCAGAGCAACUUCUAAGGCAGAGCAAACAGAGAAAAGAGCCAAAAGCCUUGAAAAUCUCAUCUUUCUUCAUGCCCGGACAGACAAAGAUUGCAGAGGAAAUCAAACUCUCGACAGUUUCAUUAAAGAAAAUCCCAGAACAGUCAAGAAUGACAAAGGAAAACAAGACCUCACUGGGCCUAUUAAAGUGAAUCCUGAAACAAAUAAUAUCAAGAGGGGCCAGAGUCUUGACAAUCUCAUCAAAGUGACCCCUGAAGUAAAUAGAAAUAAUCCAGGUUCUAAAGACUUUGAUAACGUCAUCAAAAUGAAUCCAAGAACAGGAAAAUGUGUGCAAGGGGGCCAAAGUCUUGACAGUAUCAUCAAAGUGGCUCCUGAAACGAACAGAGCUAACCAAAGGAACCAAGACUUGAACAAUCUUAUCAAAGUAACCCCUUCAGCAAACAAAAGCAAUGAACAAGGUCUUGACGAACUUAUUAAUGUAAGCCCCAAAGCUGUCAAAAACAUGGCUGGGAAUCAAGAUAUUGAUAAGCUCAUCAAAGUGAAUCCUGAAGCUCUCACCAACAACCAAAGAAACCAGGAUCUCGAUAACUUCAUCAAAGUGAAUCCCGCAGCAAUCAGAAACAAUCAGAGCCAAGACUUGGACAAUCUUAUUAAAGUGAAACCUUCAGCUCUCAGAAAUACAGAGAGGCUAGAUGGCCAGGUCAAUGGAUCUACCGAUGCUUUAAACAACAGGUCUGCUAGAACCACUGCAUAUUCUUAUGAAGCCAGGAGGAAUUUCAGUUCCAAUCCUGAAACCAAGUCUGCAGGACCAAAUGAUACUGUUGUAUACACAAGGACAUAUGUGGAGAAUAGUAAAUCACCAAAGGAUGAAUAUCAGGAUAAUGCCUCUCGAAAAUACAUACAAACUGUUUAUUCAACUUCAGAUAGGUCUGUCAUUGAAAGAGAUAUGUGCACUUACUGUCGAAAACCCUUGGGCACAGAAACUAAAAUGAUUUUAAAUGAAUUACAGAUUUGCUGCCAUUCCACUUGUUUCAAGUGUGAAAUAUGCAAACGGCCCUUGGAGAACCUACAAGCAGGAGACAGUAUUUGGAUUUAUAGACAGACAAUACACUGUGAACCUUGCUACUCUACAGUUAUGGCAAAGUGGAAUCAGUAAUGCUGGCACAUGGAAAUCAAGAUGAAAGUGUUCAUAAAGGAAUUAAAAUUUUAAAGAACGUGUAAUCUAGAAAAGCUUUUACAUGGAAAAUUGACUUUCAUAUACAAUUAACAAUUCUGCUAUUGCAUAAAUAAUCUAAGUGCCUUCAAUAAGGUCAUAUACAUAAAGGGAACCAUCUGUUAUCUGUCUAGAUUUAGUCAUGCAAAAUUCAACUGGUUUCAGUUACCAGUGUCAAAGGAAUGAUGCUCCUGAUGGCAGUGAGUGUUGUAAACCCUAACCAGGUCCACCUCUGAUCUGUAUUUAGGCUAUGCAUCAUGGUUUUCGCUAUAGAUAAGUUUUUCAUUUUCUCACCUUUUUUCCCCUAAGACUUUGGAUUUGUAGACAUUAUUGAAAUCCUGACAAACUGUUAAGAAAACAAGACAUGUUUCCUUUAUGUGCAAAAAGAAAUAUUGAUAGAAAAUUUUCUAUAAAGUUUAGCUAAAAGAUAUUGACAUAUAAAGUUAUAUGGACCUCAGAAAAUCAAUUGACAUUUCUGGGUGUCUGUGCCUUUAUCUGUAACAUGAGAGGCAUUGCACAAAAUUGUUCCUAAGGCCCCUUUCUGCUCCUAAAAUUAUUUGAUUCUAAAGCAAGUUUCUGUGUACUCUUUAGAAAUAUAUCUGGAUAUGUGUUUGUUAAUUGUAUUGAAUUAGAGAGGACAUCUAAACAAUUGAACCUUCGUAUCAUCCAUCAUUUUAUUGCAGAUAUAAUUUUUAAAGGAUAUAUUUUAAAAACAGAAAGACAUUGA